UAAUGUACAGACAGUCUGCUGCAUUUUCUACUUUGCUCAAGUUUGACUUUCAAGUUGGGGUGAGUUUUGUAGUACUUGUCUUGGAGCAGGGUGUGAACCUGACCACACUGGAGAUAGUCACUUUAAGUGUGGGACUGCCUUUUUCAUUCCUGUGGCUAAUUCUUGGAUGGAUCACGAUGAGGAAAGAAAUUAAACCCUUGAUGUGGAUUUUUAUUGUUCUGGGGCUAGUGGGACCAGCAUAUGUCAUUUACAAAAUAGUGAUGUUAUUUGAAAAUCUAAAGGAAGAGCAGAGUGAAAAAUUGCUGAUUUAUGCAGUCAUUGUUGCAGGUGCUCUGGAACUGUUAGUACAUGUCAUCCUACUUAUCCAGGCUGUGGUGGUGUACAGAAACUUUAAGAAGGGACUCAAAGAAAGGGCAUUUGACCCAACAGAACAAACUAGUUUGCUUGUGGCUGCUGGUCGCAGAUAGACCCCAUUUAUACAAUGCAGGACCCGUCUUCUCAGAUAUUGUAAUGGGUAAUGUUAUUGGUAUGGAGAUUGUACAGCAGAUCUUUGACAGUAUACCAUGUCAGGUCCUCAGCAGGAUAAACUUUUAGAUGAUGUUUUUGCAGUGAAAUUCGUCAUCGCGAGGAUGCAUUUUAAUAGAGUUUUAGAUACUUCUUCAUGAGUUUUGAUCUGUCAUCAGACGUGAAUCUGCUUGUUGCUGUUUCUGUACAUUUGUGUAACAACUGCUGCAAAGAAUGCAAACAGAGAAGCAAGAAUCAGCAGAACAAGACCAGUAUGCAAGUAUUAUUACGAGAACAAAGCUGUUUUUAAUGCCUUAUUAUGAUAUUAAUAUCUGUCAUUAAUGUUUUCGUUUUUAAUAUAACAUGAUUCUCAAUCACCAGUAAGAGUGUUGAUUUUGAAACAGAGUGGUCACUGAAUUUCUGGUACCAUCUUGUUACCUGUGAAUCAUAAGAAGUCUAUGAUUCUGUAGGGCACUUAUGGUUCUCUUAGUCCCUGACAGUAAAACCAGUGCACCUGUCUGAAAAAUUUUAUGAUAUUUUAUAUAAGCAUUAAUGCCAAUACUACCCCAGAUGUGGUAAUACAUUUAUUGAUAAAAAAAGGUGUAGAAUUGUAUAUGUUGGUGUCUGUGUGUGUAUUCCAGACGGUUUGUUUCUCUCUUCUUGUUCAUUUGUUGUGAUGCUUGGCUUUUAUCCUACAGUGUGUGUAUACAUGUACGGAAUAUAUAUUUUUUUUCAUGUAUCAUGACGUAACCAUUAAUGCAUAUGUCUUUAGCCUAUUUUACAUUAAUUAUGAACUUAAGCAAGAUUGCAUAUAUGAUACUAAUUAGCUUGCCAUACUUUUGUCAAUUAUUAAUUCUUCACCAGUGUCAAAACCGUGCGGGCAGCUAAAUGUAUUUUAUGACACGGGGAGUCGUCAGAAUAACCAUUUUGUGUCUUGGCGUGUACGUAUUAGCUAUUGUUGUAAUUUGUCUCAUUACCAGAUAUAGUGCAUUUGUGAUUAUAUAAAGGGCAGUUGUAUUCGCAUAAAAAAUGGCUCUAUGGAAUUGUGAUUAGUCAGUAUGUCAGCUUUUACACAUUAGGUGGCUUACUAGCAACAGCAUAUUUACAAUCGCUUGCCAUUGUUUUAUCCUUUUGAGCACAAAGUAUAUAUUUUUAUAUGUAAUUAGUGAUUUGGUAGCGAUUGUAUAACGAAUGGCCAAAUACAUGUGCGCGCCAUGCAUUCAGCAUUUUUAUUAAACAUUGUCUUUGGUGCCCUCUUUUGAGUAUUUUGCAAUUUGUUCCAGUAUAUCGAUGUGUGUUUAGGUUUCAGACUUAAAGCUGUGAGAAAUUACUCCUUUGCCAGAUUAAGCAUAGCGACGAAGUUGGCCGGACAAGCUUAAUAUUUUUUCUUGAUAAGCGCCCUUUUUUUCUUAGAACGCGCGAUUUGCUUACCCUGAGAGGAUUUUAUUGUCAAACCUACGAUGUCAUUUUAAAUAAAUUUGUAUUUUCUGUUA